UUUUGACGUAUUGUGUCCUCCAAUAAUCCACUUCGUAGAUUGAGCAAUGGUGUAGUUGAAUUAUAAAUAAAAUCUAUUUCCGCUAAUUAGAUUUUCGCGACACGUCUAUCAUUUACUCUCGUAACGUGCCAGCUUUCACCAAAGAGUUAAUUCGAAAUUCAAAAUGACGCUCGAAGGGAACAAGGACGAAGCUGAGAAAUGUAUCGAUAUCGCGCAGGCAGCAUUUUCUGCGGGGAACACGGAGAAGGCUGAGAGGUUUCUGUUGAAAGCUGAGCGCUUGUAUCCCACGGCGCGUGCUAAGGAGCUGUUGACGCGGGUGCGGGCCGCAGGGAGCUCGGGGGGGCGCAAGACUCCGCCGCGAAGGGAGCCUGCCGAAGAAGUGAGGAGACGCAAGGCCCCUACGCACCAGGCGCCGCAGCGCGAGUACACGACGGAUCAGCUGGAGGCCGUGCGCCGGAUUAAUACGAAAUGCAAGGAUUAUUACGAAAUUUUGGGCGUGACGAAGGACGCGACGGACUCGGACAUCAAGAAGGCCUACAAGAAGCUGGCGCUGCAGCUGCACCCCGACAAGAACCAGGCGCCCGGGGCCAGCGAGGCCUUCAAGGCCAUCGGCAACGCGGCGGCCGUGCUGACGGACCCCGAGAAGCGCAAGCUGUACGAGGUGCGCGGCGAGGAGGCGCCGGCGCAGGCGCACGCGCACGCGCAGCACCAGUACUACGCGCGCGGCUUCGAGUCCGACCUCACCGCCGAGGAACUCUUCAACAUGUUCUUUGGGAAUGCCGCGUUCCCGGGCGCGGGCGUGGGCGCGACGGGCGGGUACGCGCGGCGGCGCGCGCGCUCGCCGGAGCAGCGCGAGCACGCCGGGCUGCUGCAGCUGCUGCCCGUGCUGCUGCUCGUGCUGCUCUCCAUGAUGAGCGGCUUCUUCAUCAGCGAGCCCGUCUACUCGCUGCAGCCCAGCUCCAAGUACCCCGUGCCGAGGGAAACUGUCAGCCUUAAGGUGCCGUACUAUGUGAAGGACAACUUCCACACCGACUACCAAGGCUCGCUCCGACGGCUGGAGAUGGCCAUAGAGGAGGAAUACAUAGUGGGUCUGCGGCACGCGUGCCAGCGCGAGCGCAACUACCGCGACAGCAUGGCGUGGAAGGCGCGCAACUUCGGCGACUCGCGCCAGUACGCCGACGCGCAGAAGCUGCGCACGCCCUCCUGCGAGAAGCUGCAGCAGUUCCACCGAUAGAGGGCGCCGGUCGCUACGCGCUCUAUUCUAUACAGACGCCGAUAGAUGGCGCGGUCAUAACAUGUAUUCAUUUUGGAUCUCUAUUGUUUCCCAAAUAGUUAUAAUGUAUUGUUUGUCCGAAUGUUCGUUAGUCGUAAUUGGUUUUUCUCAGAAACGCGUAAGUUUUCAGAAUUGCCGUAAAACAAACCUAACCUAACCUAUCGAAAAUCCCGAAAAGUUAACGGUUUUAGUUUUAUGACUAACUAUAAUAUGACAAACAAUACAUUAUGACAUAAAGCUUCAUGGGAAACAAAGGGACCCCAUUUAUUUUACUUCACAUCUAAAAUGACUCGGAGCACUUUUCAAACAGUUCUUAGCGCGAAAAAUGUUACAUUAACGGAAUGCGUUUAACAUUUUAAUGGUUUGAAAUAAUGUUUUAGCCUGGUGAGGGGCAGACUUUGAGAUUUCUGAUUUUUAUUGGUAAAAAAGACAGACUUUGACAUGUCAUAAAUGUCAUAAUACAGCAUAAUUUAAGAUUUCACUUUUUACGGGAUAUAUAAUACAAUUUCAAAAUGUCCAUUAUGUGUGGUACCUACAUGUCAAAAUAAAUAAUCAAAGAAUUAUAUUUACAAAUUGAUUUAGAAUUAAUUACAAAAUGUAGAAAAAUUACAAACAAAGAAUUUUAUUUAUUUUAUUAGUUUAAUUUAUUUAGUUUAUACUUACUUAUAAUAGUUUAUAAGUUUUGUUAUUGAAUAAAUGUUUAUGAACAAGGAAUGUAGACAACAUACCCACUACUAUAAUUGUUAUAAAUUAUCUCUUACUCUCAGGUCUCCUUCUUCUUAAGCCGGAUACUCAUUAGCGAGCCGUAACCGUUGCAUAUACCUACUGUAACAAAAAAAAUCGGGCAAGUGCGAGUCGGACUCGCGCACGAAGGGUUCCGUACCAUAAAGCAAAAAAAAAACGGAAAAAAAUGCAAAAAGAAAACGGUCACCCAUCCAAGUCCUGACCACGCCCGAUGUUGCUUAACUUUGGUCAAAAAUCACGUUUGUUGUAUGGGAGCCCCAUUUAAAUCUUUAUUUUAUUCUUUUUUUAGUAUUUGUUGUUAUAGCGGCAACAGAAAUACAUCAUCUGUGAAAAUUUCACUUUCUAGCUAUCACGGUUCGUGAGAUACAGCCUGGUGACAGACGGACGGACGGACGGACGGACGGACAGCGAAGUCUUAGUAAUAGGGUCCCGUUUUACCCUUUGGGUACGGAACCCUAAAAAACAUAGUGUGUACGUGGUUCGCAGGUUUUUUGGUUACAGUAUAGUCAGCAGCAAAAGUUGCUAAGCGGGCGAGGUGUUCAUAAUUACCUUUUCGCACUCUUAUUUUCUUAACAAUAAAGUCGCGUCAAGACUAUUUUGAACACCUCGCCCGCUUAGCAACUAUUGCUGCUGACUGUACAUGCAACGGUUACGGCUCGCUAAUGAGUAUCCGGCUUUAUUAUCCGGCGGUCGUGGUCAUGUCACGGUCGACUGCUGCGCCACCGCAGCUCUUGCGAUCCGUCGCCAUGUGGCUCUGUUUUUGGUGGAGUGGGGGCAAUCGUUUACUGUAUUUCCUGUGGUGGACUUGGCGCCAGUUGCACCAACCACAUUUGACAGACUGAUCAACGUCAGCGCCACUAUGAAACUUUCCAUGCAUAAAAAUUUAGCGAACGAACAGUUUGGUGCAACCGACCCUUAACCCUUUACCAGGCCCCUAAGAAGUAGCGUGUCUUAAUACGUACUGUAUAUACUGUUACAACCGUAUUGAACGCCUUGUAAAAAAUACAUUUACGAAAGACGGAGAUGUUCCUUUAAACCAGAAAUAAAAAUGUGGGUUACGGUCAUCCCAUCGCCUGUCUAAGUAAUUAACUGUCAUACUCGAUUUUGUCUUAUUAUAUUCUCGAUCAGGCGAAGGGACCAGGAAGGUGCGGGGGAUCAGGGGUGGGAGGAAGGGAUCAGGGAAGGGGGGGGGGCUUAUAUCGGAUCGGAGUCAAGGUUAAACUCCAAAUCUACUAGGAAACAUAUCAAUCACUGAAAACAUUAUUAUAUGAUCUUCAUUCACGGCAUGAGUUUUUAUGACAUGACAAGACAAUUUACCGGGCCAUGGGAAGAAUACCCAGCUCCCGCACAGUGAAACUCUAAUAAUAAUAAGGCCAUGGGAUAAUGUCAACCCACAUCUAAUUCUGGUCAUACACAAUAAUGCAUGAAUAUUUAGCAAUGUUUACGAUUACAUUACCUUUCAACACUCAAAAUCUACAAAAUAUCAAAAAAUUGUUCGACCUAUGUACUUCUGUUUCAUAGAAAUUAAGGAAAGUGGUCGAAUUUCUCCAUAGUUUACUGAAAUUAGAGUUCAAGGGAAUUUAAACGGCUGCCAAAGAUAUAUUACGCGAUUUAGAAGCGUGUUGUGUUGUGAAUGAAGAUCAUAAAAUACUAUUUUCAGGGAUUGACAAAAUAUUUUGUAGGAGGUUUGGAGUUAAAACCUGAGUACGGUAACCGAUAUGAGAUGUGGAGGAAUAUAUCCGUUCGCCUGGUAAAGGGUUGAUGAGGUCUGUCCAUCGUGUUGGGGAGCGGCCACGAGAUCUACUGCCCUCGACUCUCCCUUGCGCCACCAAGCGUUCCAUGGUGUCCUUAUUACGACGGGUAAGUUAUAUAAUACGAGUAUAUACCAAUUAUUAAUAUAAAAUUCACAAGAUAUACGCUCAUUUUGUAUAAUAAUUGUGAAUAAUAUAAGGUUUGCAUUGUAUAAAACCCGAAUUGUAUGUUCAAAUGGCUAAUUUGUUUUUAAAUAACAUUCAAUGUAGAUAAUUUCAUGUUGUUUAAAAGUUAAAUUUCAUAGUCGAACCAUCAAAAACUAUAUCAGUUACUAGAUCUAAGAACAUGAAUGAAUAAUAAAUUCCGUUAAGUUAUUAAA